CCAACACAAAGGUUUUGGUACGACACGUAAAGCCGUCUGGUGGGAAAAGUGGACCGUCAUGGAAGGUAGACCGACCAGAGUCAGGGGAGGAGGUUGGAAAAGAGGUGGCCGCGGUGGAAACGACGGUGGCAGGUUUGGUGGUGAACACAGAGGCAGAGGCAGAGGAGGCCACCACCGCGGCCGGGGCACAAAAGAUCACCACCGCGGUCGUGGACGUGGCGGAAAUGUACAUGCAACGGAAUUCCAACACCGGAGCGAAGUUGAAGAGGGUGACUUUGAUGAAGAGGGCCACAGUACAGUUUUCUCCAGGAGGAAACUGCAGUCCAACUGGGACCGUUAUGAAGAUUCGGAGAGGCAGGAAACCCCUGACAAGAUGCCCACUCUAAGAGGAACUGACUAUCAUGUCCUGCUGGGCUCUGCAGGGGAUUGCUUCACUCAAUUCCGCUUUUCUGAAGAAAAAGACUGGGAGAAGGACACAUUUUCAUCCAGUCAGAUGUCUACCAUGUUUGUGGACCUCCCAGCAUUGGCCCAGAGGCUUGAACAAGUGCCUCUUCAUCAGAGACUCAACCUGGAAGCUGAGCUAGUUCAGGUUUCAACACCAGUCAACCUGCCCACAAUGACUCUGGCCCCCCAACAGGAGAAGCCCAAGCUCUCUUCAUUCACACCUCCAUCCCUAGCUUCGAAAGACCCUAGCACCGCUCUUAAUACCACCAAGACUUUAAGCCUAGCUGCCAGCGCUGACUUUCAGGCUCCCUCGAGUGCUGUUAUGCCCUCGGCGGACGACGUGGAUGAAGAGCUGGACCAGCUGCUCACCUUAGCGAAACCGUUGUGUCCUGUCUCAGGAGGCCAGCCUGUCAACGUUGAGAGCACUGCUGUGCUGAAAGAGUUAGACACAGUGACUGAGGUGCUAAUUGAAGAGAAGAUGGAGGAGACCAAAGAUGCCCAAAUUGCACCUCCCGUGUCCGCUUCUGUCAAGCAGGAAAUGACUGAAGAGGACCUGGAGGACUGGUUGGACAGCAUGAUCUCCUGACUGUCACAGAGAGGUGGAUCGUAGCAAAGACAGGAGCUACAAGCAAAAACCUGGACUGAAAUUUGCCAUGCCGAUAUGUAGGCUGCAAUGCCCAAACAUCCGAAUGUUGCAUCCAUCUAGAGCUAACAUUGAGUGCAUUUAAAAUCUAUAAAUACUGUGCGCGCACGCACACGCACACACACACACACACACACUUAUGUAAGCAACAAAAAUGGUCAUUAAUUUAAAAGGCUACAAAUGUGUAGGCCUCUGUACGCCAAGGAACCAUAUUUGGUUAGUUGAGCACCCAGCCAAUCAAAAAAGAGAAGUAGUGGGAAUAAUACAAAUGUAAAUCGUUAAUUAAAUAUAAAGAUAAUAGAAUUAUUGUAACUACAAUGAUGAUUAAACAUUUUGAAUCAUUAAUUAAAGGGGACAGAAGAAAAUUGGAAGCCGUAUUAUGUUACAGCCAAAAGACCUGCAGUGUUAUCAUGUGCAGGAUCUGCCCAUUCAUUGACAAGUGUAAUUUGGCGACUUGGUGGUUGUGCUUCCUCCAUGGGUGAAAAUAUAAAUUGUGCUGUCACUGCUUCCUUAUGGGGGCUUGCUUUUGUAUACAUGAAAUGGGGCCGCUUGCGAACAAGUAGCCAAUCACCUCGUCGCAGUGCCCCAGCUUUGCCCUGGUUGUCAUGGUAACGAACAGUUUUAAAUUGUCACCUUUAAGUAAGUGUUUGCAAUGAGUGUCCCGUCAGGGGCCUUUUUUUUUUUUUUUUUUAAACAUUUGACUGAUAAGAUAAUGCAUGUCUGUAUUAUAUCAGAGAUUUGAGAACAUGUAGGUCACUAUCAAAGGGAUUAGCUGCUUAAGUGACGAGUCAUGUUUUUUUGCUUCAGUUUACUUUAUUCAUUCCCGUCUCUCAUUUGAACAAAUGCAAAACUACUACAUGUGUGUGUAUAAUGUAUAUUUCCAUAAAACAGCAGCUGAUGUGGCAUCAAUGUGUUUUUCUUUUGUUCUCUGUUUGGCUCUUCUGUUGUGGAAACAAGUGCAGACAGGCAGCAUAAGAAAAAACUGAACGACAUUUUACACGUCUAGAUUUUAUAUAACAAAUGUUUUUUUUUUCUUUCACAUAAAAGCCACAAAAUUAGCAUAAGCAUGAGCACUGUCUGUGUCAAGAGGGACAAAAAUGUCUUGUUUUUUUGUGUGUGCAUAGUUUCUUAAAAGGCACCUUGGCAUUUAAAGUUUAUCAUAAAGUGACGAGUCAUGUUUAAACAGAUUUUUAAAAGGCAGAUAUGAGGUUUAAUUUCUGUAUCAGCGGCGAUCAAAAAUAAGUACUGUAAUUUCUCGUGUAUAAUGCACAUUUCCCCCCCAAAAAAUUGUCAAGUCAAUAGGGAAUGAAUAUACAUAGGGAAUGAACAACAACCAUCAUUCAUUUCUUUAUGGUUCUGUUUUAUUUAAUGAUAAUGCUUUUCUGAAAUGCUAGACCGUUUAAUUUGAAUCCCAUUAAAAUAAAAUUAAAUGUUUCGCCUGGUCUAUCUUUUCUUUAAAGAAUUGUACCCAUCUUACAAAUUCUGCCUGGGUAAUCAAACAUUUGAGCACAACUGUGUUUUCGCAUUUACUAAAUAAAAGUAGGGCUUUGAAUUUCAAAAUAAGAGCAAGUGAAUAAUUUAAAAAAUGUUUACAUGUUCAAAUAAAGUGCUUAAAUUAAGAAUAAUUAUUUACCUGUAUUUUGUUAGGUUAUUUUUUUUUUUUAAACAUGUUUUGAUCAUAUGGGUAGAUGCAAAAUCAUGCAUUGUAAAAAUGCACUAUAUGUUAAAUAUAUUGUAGAAGUUAUCAUUUAUUUGCUUAGCUUGCAUUAGUAUUAUGGACGAUUUUGAUAAAGGAAGAUGUCUCGUCUUCAAGAAGAUGACUCAACAGGAAUCAUCAGAGAGAAGGACGUGGCCGGGACGUGUUGGUCCCAUGUUUUCACCUUGAAACCCUACCCUUAGUGUGUUGUGUCUUGUAGCUUAGUACGUUAUGUCUUGUAAACUUAGAAACCUCCCUAUUUUCAAAUAAAUGCAGGCGCGACGGGAGAGUUUGUUUAGAGCGUGAUGAGAGGCUGUAAUCUGAACAAUCUCCCAUACGCCCUCCUCAUGAGAAAAAGAAACCAGCGUCUUCAUUCCUUUUGUGUCUAUUUUUUAUAAUGUUGGGUAAGAUAAAUCCAACAGAUGGGUAGAAGGGUUUUCCCAGAAUUGUGAGGUCAACUUUGGUGGUGCAUAUUAUACAUGGGUGUGCAUUAUACACAAGAAAUUACGGUAUCUGAUGUCAAGCUUCGUAUGUGUUAAACAUUGUGGGUUGAGCAGGUGAAAAGAUGAAAAAAUGUUGCAUAAAAGAGGCGUCAUCCCAUUUUGGU